AUGGAAGAAGCCCUGUACCACACAGAGACUACUGAAGAUAAGAUGGUGGAGCACACGACCAGCCAAUUCGAUGGAGCUGCUAGGUCUUGGUGGACUGGCAUCGUCACCACUAUUGGCAGGAAGUCCGCUUAUGCUUACACCUGGGAAGAACUUCAGAAGAUGAUGAGAGCUGAAUUCUGUACGAAAGAUGCAUUGCAAGAACUGGAACAAGAGUUUUGGGAUUUGAAGAUGGAAGGGUUAGAGAUUGAGAAGUAUAUUCUGAGGUUCAAUCAGCUUGCCAGACUUGUACCACAUUUGGCGUCUACUGAAGAAAAAAAGAUUGAUCGUUUCAUUUGGGGCUUGAUUCCAGAGAUUCGCCGUGACCUCACUAGUAAAGGCCCCGAGACCAUGUCGAGAGCAAUCGUAAUGGCUAAGACCUUGACCAAAGACAUAAUCAGAUCAGGAGGUUUGACUGAGAAUGCUGACAAGGGGAAAAGGAAGGCUGAAGAAGUAGUGGAGAAGAAAGUUGAACCCCCAAGCAAGAAGGGGAAGAUCUUGAAGAACUAUGCGGUGACUAUAGCAACUGAACCGACAAGGUACUCUGGAGCUUAUCCUAAGUGCACUCUCUGCAACCUACAUCACACUGGUGCUUGUCCUGUCUGUUAUAAGUGCCAAGGAAUUGGGCACAUGGCCAAGUACUGUAGUGCUAUCGCAGCAAAUCUGAUCAGGAACAACCCACCGCCAGUCAACAAGCCACCAGUCAGAAAUGCCAGACCACCACUGCCGCCUGCUGCCCCAGUUCAAAGGAACCAGAACCAGAACCAGAACGCCCAAGUUCAGCGUGUUGCUUAUCCACGCGGGCCAAGGAACCAGAACCAACAGAUCAAUCAGCAACAGCAAAACCAGCAAGGCCCAGCUAACGCCCGUGUUUUUGCUUUGAACGCUGAGGAAGCUCGUCAGAACCCUCGGGUUGUGACAGGUACUUUUCUUCUGAACGAUCAUUAUGCUUCCGUACUAUUUGACUCCGGUGCUGAACGUAGCUUUGUUGCAUUAGACUUUAAAGCUAAGACUGACAUGAUAACUGGCAAACUAAAUGACAAAUAUGUGGUAGAGUAUGCAAAUGGCCAAAAGUACGGUACCAACGAAAUUGCUCUAGAUUGUCCUUUGACCUUAGUAGACAAGAACUUUACAAUUGAUCUAAUCCCUGUCAAGAUUAGUAGCUUUGGCAUUAUCGUAGGAAUGGAUUGGUUAUCCAAACACCAUGCGACUAUUUGUUUCCACGAGAAAUCAGUUCAUAUACCGCUCCUGAACGGCGAGAUCUUAAUUAUACAAGGCGACAAGUCCACAGACGAACUUAAAAUCGUGACAAGAAAGAUCAUUUAG